AAGACGGCAACAUCGCGUUGAAUUGUCAGUUACGUAAUGGCUGGCAGCUGGCACGGCCAGGAAUCCUGUCAGUGUCACAAAAUUAUUUUAUAGUUUUUUCCUUCCGUAGACACAUUUUUCUAGUUCUAGUUAUACAAUGGCUGUCUCAGUACGGAUUCUUUCUCGGUUUAAAGAUGGAUUAAAACUCAGCAAUGUAAGAUUCGCAUCAUGCGCCCAGUAUUCCGACACCCGAAAAAACUUGGUACUUACCAAGGAGACUAAAGUCAUUGUCCAGGGUUUUACUGGUAAGCAGGGCACAUUCCAUAGCCAGCAGGCACUCGACUAUGGAACCAACGUUGUGGGAGGUGUGUCGCCGAAGAAGGCGGGCACUCAGCAUCUCGGCAAACCAGUAUUUGCUAAUGUAAGAGAAGCAAAGGAAAAGACCGGAGCGCAUGCCAGUGUGAUCUACGUGCCUCCGCCUGCUGCUGCUAAGGCUAUCCUGGAGGCUAUUGAAGCCGAGGUGCCACUCAUUGUCUGCAUUACCGAGGGUGUGCCACAACAUGACAUGGUGCGCGUUAAACACGCCCUACUGAGACAGAACAAGUCUCGCCUGGUCGGGCCCAACUGUCCCGGCAUCAUCGCGCCGGAGAAGUGCAAGAUCGGCAUCAUGCCCGCCGCCGUGCACAAGCGGGGAUGCAUCGGUGUGGUGUCCAGGUCGGGAACCCUCACCUACGAAGCCUGCCAUCAGACCACCUCUACCGGUCUAGGCCAGACCCUGUGCGUCGGUAUCGGCGGUGACCCGUUCAACGGGACAGACUUCAUCGAUUGCCUGGAGGUGUUCCUCAAGGACCCUGAGACCAAAGGCAUCAUCCUCAUCGGUGAGAUCGGAGGCAACGCCGAAGAGUUGGCGUCCGAAUACCUCACCCAGCACAACACCGGUCAGAAGGCAAAGCCUGUAGUGUCAUUCAUCGCGGGUCUGACGGCCCCGCCCGGCAGGCGAAUGGGUCACGCCGGCGCCAUCAUCUCUGGCGGCAAGGGCGGCGCCAUGGACAAGAUCAAAGCUUUAGAGAAAGCCAACGUCAUCGUCACCAGGUCCCCGGCCAAGAUGGGCGUCGAACUCCAAAAAGAAAUGAAACGAUUAGAAAUCAUCUAAAUUACGCUUAUUGAACAAAAAUAUCCACGAUAUAUACUGUAUAGUGUUUUAGUUAUUGUAUUGCUAUUAUUUAUUUUCGAUUGAUAUAUCAGUCGACGAUAUUAUCGCGUUAUUAAAUUGUCUGCAGGAGGAAGGGUCAAAUUUCGUGACACUGAUGAGAGAUCAGUUUUUGACAACCAUAUUUUACUUUUCUACUUAAAUAAAAGGCAGUCCAUUAUUUCUAACACUUUAAUGUUUAAAUUUACGGCACGAAAUUAGCGGAGAGCACUUUAAAGUUAAUAUAAAUUAAAUGCGUAUCGUGUAUAUUUAAAUGUUUCCGCAAUAAACUAUUACAAAAUUGCUAAUUGGUGUUAAAUGUUACUCGUAUAUGGUUGAAAAAAAUUGUAAACUCUAAAUACAUGCGUAUUACCUACAACUUUUUUUUUUACAUCUAUGAUGUAUUCAUUCCCAAUAAAAAUAAAUUAUGGUAAACAG